CUAGUAUUUACUGGGAGGCUCAUCCUUCCCACUCUUAAGCUUGAAUCCUAGAUGCUAGUUAUCCGUACCGAUUUGAGAGUUGGCAACAAGCAUGGCCCCGACUUUAAAAAGCCCAUACGUCAAGGGGAAUAUCUUAACCCUCAAAAUACAUCACCUUGGCAAACAUGCUCCACUGCAACUCAAGCAUAGCAGCAGCAAGGUACGGGCACAGAUUGUGGAUGUGAUAGAGCCGUCAACAAUGUCUGUUGUUGUCAUCGUCGAGCUCGAACCGCCUACGGAACGAGGAGAGCAAUCUGCGUGCUCUGUCUCUCCUCUUACCGCUCCUGCUCCAAAGAUGGUCUUGAAAGUCUACGAGCGUCAAUUUUCCUCCGAGUUGCGGCAGUUCAAGGAGACCGGCCCGGCCACCACUGACAGCGAAGAGCAAUACGCCACCUUUCUGCGCGGGGGCUCCAUGCCUCAAUUCCUAGUAGAUCACGCAGAGAAUGGACGCUUUGCAUACGAGGAAUGGGAUGUACCGAAGCUGGAAGCAUAUUUCCAUGUCGAAUCGACGAGGAUGCACGAGGUUGAAGUCGAAGUCUAUGAUCGCCUUCUGGAUUUGCAAGGUAUCCACGUCCCAAAAUUCUACGCUGAUGUCCGGUUGGCUCCACAGCACGCAAUAGUAGGAGAGCAACUGGAUGAGGGCUUGACCGAGUACACCGAAAUCAGGGCCAUUAUGAUCGAAUAUAUUCAUGGCUUCCCGCUCCUUGACCUUGUUACCAAGACGCCGGAGUCGGACUGGCCGGUCAUCUGCAAUCAGGCGAUCGAGGCAGUCAACAAAAUCAUCGAUUAUAACUUUAUCAACUUUGAUCUUGCAACCAGAAACAUUCUUGUCCGCCGCAGCGAGAGCGAGCACUCGUAUCAGGUAUUUUAUAUAGACUUUGCCCAGUGCCGGUUUCGCGACGCGUCCGAUUCCGAUGAGGUGUGGAGGGAACGCAAGCGCCAGAAGGAUGAAGAGGGUGCCGUGGGCUACUUACUUGCUGGUCGCAUCUCGUUUGCAAAAGGGAAGAAGGGAAAGAAAUAUAAAGGAAACCUUCCUCUGCCUUGGACGUAUACGCCUUCGGCGCGCUUCGAGGGGAAUACAUUGAGCUUUACUCUGGCUAGUGUGGCGGAUGACAUAACUACCGAAUCAACUAAGGCCAGUGAUCUUAAAGGAGCAUAA